AUGCUUUCUACUAGAUCAAGCUCCACUCAUCAACUGCUAGGGGUCUACUGUUUAGCUAAUCAUGGAGCCAAUCUGAUCUUGCUAGCCUACCCUUUUGCUUUUUCAGGUAAAUCAGCAGUUUUGAACAGUUUGAUUGGGCAUCUUGCUCUGCCAACUGGUGAAGGUGGUGCAACUCGCGCACCUAUAUGUAUUGAAUUAAAGAGGGAUGGUAACUUAAGCAGCAAAUCAAUUGUAAUGCAGAUUGAUAGAAAAUCCCAACCUAUGUCUGCAAGUGCUCUUCGACACUCAUUACAGGAUAGGCUUAGUAAAGUUUCAAGCAAGAGUCGGGAUGACAUAUUUUUGAAGCUUAAAACAAGUUUGGUGAUGGGUCUGUUACUCCUUGCUAUUCUUCACUUCACACACACUGAAUUGCAUUUGGGAAAGUCAGAAUUGGCCCUUUCAAGAUUUAGCAGUUGUGUAAUGCUUAUUACAUAUGGGGCCUACUUCUUCCUAUUGUUGGAAAUGGAGCAGAACAUGCAAGUGCCAUCAUUUACAAUCUUUGCAGGAUAUCUCUUUAGGAGUCGCGAUUGGCUCCUCAACACAAAUAUCUAUGUUUGUUAUUCCAUUUGUGUGGUUGUUGGGUGGAUCAUGGGGCGUCCUUUGGACCUAAAUUUUCAACUUUUUGAGACAACAACUCUUAUUAUGACAGUUCUAGUAGUGGCUUUCAUGUUGCAAGAUGGAACAUCCAAUUACUUCAAGGGAGUAAUUCUUGUGUUUUGCUAUUUGAUAGUUGCUGCAAGUUCUUUGUACAUAUAG